AUGUCACUUGGCAUCAGUAAUCUGAUGGCUGUCACGUAUAAGAAAAAACGCCUGAGUGCUGUGCCUGUAUCACUUGCGAUACUUUUGCUGCUUUACAUACAUCUGCCACCGGUAGUGGCAGCAUGUUCAACGUGUAAUCGCGAUGAAACGUUUGAUAAAUGCGUGGAACAGCGCCGACUGGAUCAUGCCGUGCAUGAAGACGCCGAUACGAAAUGUGAACUCUCGAAACCCAUUCAUGUUAUGCUCUACGGCAAUCUUCAAGAGUUGGCUUAUUAUUACACUGUUGUUGAAGUUGGAACGCCGCCACAAAGCCAGGAGGUUGUUGUGGACACCGGAUCCGCGAACCUUGUCCUGGCGGAUUCAGAAUGCCGCCACUGCGGCCAUCACGACAUGAAGCCGUUCAACACGACGCUUUCUCGAACACUGUCGUACAUAGACGGGAAUUCAUCACGUUGUGCUGCAUUAGGAGGUGCAUCGGGUCAAAACGGCGCUAUCAAAGAUGCAUGUGUUUUUGCCGAGGAGUAUGAGGAGCAGAGCGCCAUCAGCGGCUUCUACGCCACCGACUAUUUCGCGUUCAAGACCGAUACCGACACUAAUGCAACGUACAUGCUUCCACAACUCGGAUGUACAAUAUCGGAAACCAAACUCAUUUAUCAGCAGCGGGCCAACGGAGUGUUGGGACUAGGGCCAGCAAUGGUUUCAUCUGAUGACUCUAGUGAGGCAUCUCAGUCACGGCUCGAAAAAACACCAAAAGCAAAUGAAUUAAAAGAAGUAAGUAACGUGAAAUAUGGGAAUUUCGUAGACGACUUCUUGCAAAAUAAUUUUGCAAAGACAAGGCAUCGAUUUGAGCUGUGCCUCUCUGAAGACGGUGGUUCUCUGGUAUUCGGGGGAUUGGAAGAAAGUGUGACAGACAAUGAAGAUCCCGAUAUACUAGAGCAAGAUAGAUCGGUAGAUGGGCCAUUGCUGUGGAUGCCGCUGAUGCGCAGAGGCGCUUACGCAAUAGUGGUUAAUGCGGUGACGUUCUGCGGAACCACGAUACAACCUGCCAAUAGAAGAUUCAUUUUGGAUUCUGGAUCUACCAACUCCAGCCUCGAGCAGCCAAUAUACAGUGUCAUAUACGGAUACUACAUGUCGCUAUGCAACUCGAUGAACAGGAACGCAGAAGUCGUGCGCCAUAGAACUACAAGACGUCUUUACAGCCGAAAGGGUACACUUCGUCGAUUCAUCAGACGUCAGUUGCUCUUCAAAUCUGCAGAUGAAAAGGAUCAAAACGUUUUUUCGAAGGCGAUUCGAACAUCUGCCGGUGACGAUGACGACACCCAUCUGCAUUCGGCAGAUAACGGAGGCGAGGUUUAUGACGCUGGUGACGCUCGAGGCGAUUCAACAGACAGUGAAUGUACCGUUAAAUCUAAAAGUCUCUCAAAAGGUCGCUGCGUCAUCCAGAAGAAACAUGGAUACCUGUGCUUUUCGGAUAUUUCUCAAAUGCCAAACGUCGAUUUGAUCAUCCAAGGGUAUGUUUUACGGUGUAAAUUAUGA